AUGCUUACUUCGGAGUUUGCAUUCGCAAGCUUAAAACAUAUCACCUGCCAUAUUAAUGCAAGAAAUCAGCGAUGUUUAAAAUUAAAAAAACAAAAUGCCAGGGCCCGUUCAUCAAUGCCAUCACAACAAGAUGUGCUUUGCUUCAAUAUUAAGGCACAAUUUCAUACCGAAGUAUCAAAACUUUCCCAGGUGAUAAAAGUUUAA